GGUGGUUGAAACUUGCCUUCGACCCGAUGGACAACUAUGAGUUUCUGAGACUAGUUUCAAAAGGCACCUAUGGAAUUCUACAAACGAUGAGAAAUGUGAAUGAAGGCAAGACAGUUGCUGUAAAGAUGAUUGAAUGCAUGGACGAGGGAAUGGCCAACAGAGCUCUGAGGGAAGCCAUGCUCCUGUUGGAUUUGCACCAUCCAAGUAUUUGUAAAUACAGGGAGAUGUUUGUUGCCUGGAAUAAAGAGGAGGCAGCAGUGUCAGUUUGCAUGGUGAUGGAUUAUGCUCCGGUAGGAGACCUGGCUUUAGUCAUUCGGGAAAAGAGGUUGAAAAGUCAAAAAAUCAGGGAGAUGAUCAUCAAGAAUUUCUUGGGACAAAUGGUGGAUGUGCUCGUCUACAUACACUCCAAAAACAUGAUUCACGGAAACCUGAAACCGACGAACAUCUUGCUGAUGGAUGAUCUCUCCUUUGCAAUUUCUGAUUUCACCAUUCCAACGUUUGUCAAAGAUGAGGUUAAAUUUAAAAUAAGGAUGAAAGACCGUGAAAAGACUUGGAUGGCACCAGAGGUGCUGAUUAGCAACGUCAACACAAAAAGUGACAUUUGGUCCGUAGGGUGCAUUUUGCUUGAGAUGCUGGUGUGCAGCAAAAUGUCUGAAAGCGAGUUCCAGCAGUUGGUUGGGAUCGCCAGAAUCAACUCCAACAACCUAACCCCGUUCCUGGAGGAAUUCGAAACCAAGCUGAAGUACACCAAGAAUCUGUGCAGCUUGGUGCAAAUAAUGAUGGAACACAAUUACAUGAAAAGAGUGUCAGCACUGGAAAUGGUGGAGAUGCAGUAUGUGAGGGAAUCACUGGUAAUCUGCAAUUCCCCUCUGUCUGGAAGGAAGAAGUCACCAACAGGUGUGAUGAAAAUACCAUAUGGUGAAGACAUCGAUGUACUACUAGCGUAUAUGGAAAGUGAAAUUAAUGCGGAGGAAGUCCAGAAAGCUGCGCUGAAAUACAUAGUGUAUUUACUAUAUGAUCCUGAGGUCCACAUGGCCAGUGCCCGGAUCAUCCCAGUCCUCAUCACUUUGCUGAACGUCCAUCCGAAAUGCUUGGAAAUACAGGCUCAGGUGUGCCAGAUUUUCCUUAAAUUUGCAAUUAAAGCCACGGAGCUCAGUGUGGAGGACAGCAUUCUGUAUAGUGAGCCUGUGGUCAACGUCGUUCUGUCACUGAUGGAGUCACAACGCAAGUCCCUGGAGCUCCAGAUGCUCAUUUGCAAACUUCUCAUGGUGCUGUCAGGAAGCGAAUCGACUGGAAAGCUAAUCGGACGAGCUAAAGGGGUCCAGUCGAUCUUGAUAACAUUGAGAAUGUACAUAGAUUCCAGCCACAUCUGCAUCCCCUGCUGUGGAGCCAUCUGGAGUCUCGUCACCAACAAAAUGAAUGCGCGGACGGCACAGAUGGAAGGAGCCCUGGAGACCGUAUGGCAGGUUCUGGUGAAUCAUCUUCAGAAUGGUGAUGUGGUGGAGACGGCCUGCUUAGCUCUGUGGACUCUAUCCUUGGAGGAGACGCUGUCUGAUGCACAGUUUGAAGAUAUCACUCUACUCCUGAUUGCGGCAUUUGAGCUCCAUAAACGAAAAGAAAAUAGUGUCAGAAACAUCUGCCUUUGCCUAUCCAGCCUGAUUCGAUUAUCAGAGCUGGUGGCCUUCCGAAUCCUGGUGCCGGACAUGCAGUAUGAUGGGCUGAAAGUGCUGGUGCAGAGUUACUACUUCCACCAGAAUGACUCUGAAGUGGUGCAGACUAUUUGCAUGGUGUUUCAGGACAUGGCGCAGUAUGAGGAUGUGUUGCCUUGUCUACUAUCUGAAAAUAUAGACAAGCUACUGAAUGAAAUCAAAAUCAAGUUUGCAUCAAAUGAGGUGAGUGGAAUUCACUGAAUAUUGGCCUUCUGCACCAUAAAGCAGCCAUAUGGAUGGGCAAACGUAACACCUAUUAAAUCUCAGAUAUAGGGUAGAUUUAACCAUGUUUAUUGUGGCUGUUCACCUUUGUGCAGAGAAUAUCAAUAAGAUUUCAAAAUAAUAAAUAAAAUAAAUAAAUAAAUGAAAAUAAGUUGAAAAAUGAGUGUUCAAAAUCGCAAGGAGUUUCUGAUGAAGGAAAUUGUUAUUUAUUUGCACCAUCAACAGACAGUAACUAGGGAACACAAGGUAAUCAGCAAAAGAUUUUGAGAAGUUAACUUUUUUUUGUAAACAGUAAAUUUUGAUCUAUAAUCAUAUGUCAGACAUGAUAGGUAAUAGCAGAUUAAAAACUAGUGUUCCAGGGGCUGUGGCAAUAUAUACUCAAAUUGUGCAAUAUAUACACUCAGAGUUGAAGCAGAUGAUCCCAUGAAGUGCUAUUUGAUUUUUCCACAUUAUUAGCCAUGACUGUCUAACAUCAUUAUGGAUCAAAAUUCGUGGUUUACAAAACAAAGUGGGGGGGGGGGGGGGGCUUUAAACAAG